CGCGGGUACAGCCUCGUGCAGCGACGCGGUGACGUCGUGCAGUGAUACAUCGAGCUGCUGUAGCAGCUCUCCACGCGGUGCGCAAGCUGCCACGUGCUGCAGUGGCGGUGGUCUCUCGAAGAAGGAGAAGCGGCUUGCCGACCGUGCGCAGCGCUGCAAGCGCGACCGCGCCAAGCUCAAGGAUGAAAUGGCAGAUCUGAAACGAACGGUGGGCGAUCUCUCGGAGCGUGUCUCGACGCUGCGGACGCUACAGUGCAUCGAGCGUGACUUUGCGACACCGGCGUCGUGGGAAGCCGCCGCGCUCGAGCAGAGCGCGCAGCACCGACAGGCGCUUCGCGACAACGAGAGCCUCCGCGCCGUUCUGUACGAGCACUUGGCGCUCGCGGACGAGCUUCAACGCCUCAUUACAAAGCGGCCGCGCCUCGCUUCGGCGUCUAGCAGCAGCUCCGUCGAGCGCGAUGCGUGGCGCCUCGAGCCGAGCGAGACGGCCGCCGAGUUGCAUGCACUGGUCGACAACGAGUACGACCGGCUCGAAGCCGUCCUCGUCAAGAACGGCCUCGAAUCCAAUAGCACGGCGUGCGCACCGGCGCUGCGCUGCUGCUGCGACCCGCUUAGCAACGCCAAAGCCAUCGAGAUGGUGCGCAGCUAUGCCGUCGCCGUGCCAUGGACUACGCUUGCCGACGCCGUUUGGCGCAUCUGGAGUAGUGGCGUCGACUAUUCCCAGCAGCCUGGUGCGCUGUACCAGUGCGGCGAGCUGCUCGAUGCGAACGCUGCGUAUGUAGCGUUUAGCGCCAACCUCUCGCCCGACCCGACCGCACCCAUCUCUGUUCAGGGCAACCUCGUCGUCAAGCGGUACCUCGAGGCUGACCGCAUCGUCUUUGUGUGGCGCUCGGUGGCCAGAGACGCAGGCGGCGCAGCAACCGGCGGUGCCAUAGCCGACAACGAGUGUGGUUGGCUGCUCGUCGAACCCUGUGACACGAACGAGGCGCGCGUCAAGCUCGUGCUUACGUCCAAGCUUUCGGUCGAGCACGACGCAAUUCCAGACAGCGUCGACGAGACCCUCGCGGACGCGAUGACGCUUCAGUGUCAUCUCAAGAGCACGACGAAGCGGGAGGUCAAGUUCAUGCGCCUUUGGGCCCAGUAUUUUGAGCGCACGUGGGACGCCAUGGUCGCGCUUGCCGUCGCCCGCGCCCACGCCUAACCGAACGUACACGUCAUCUUGGAUCCCAU